AUGAUGUUGUGGAUAUCGUACGUGGUUACUUUAGUUGCUUGUGCUUCGACUUUUUCAAAAACUGAGCAAGUUGCAAGCCACAGUCCUUAUUUUACAGUACAAAACAUACAAUCAGAAGGAUAUCAUGCAGAAGCCCAUCACGCAGUGACCAAUGACGGGUACAAACUAGAAAUGCAUAGAAUACCGUACAGGAGAUACGAGAAUAAAGGCGAAGUUAAUAGACCAAUCGUCUUUUGCAUGCAUGGUCUACUUGCCUCUUCGAACUCCUACAUCUACUUAGGCCCUCAAUACAGCAUGGGUUACCACUUAGCGGAUGCUGGGUACGAUGUGUGGAUAGGCAACGCAAGAGGCACGAAAAAUUCCCGCCACCAUAUAACUCUGGACCCUGAUAGUUCCACCGAAAAGUUUCCGUUCUUCGACUUCAGUUUUGAAGAGAUCGGCAUGUACGACAUCGCUACCAUGGUCGACUAUGUACUAAACUACACAGGGCGACCAAAACUGCACUAUAUUGGGUACUCACAAGGAGGAACAACAUUCCUAGUACUUAAUAGUAUGAGACCAGAAUACAACGAAAAAUUCAUAUCAGCUCAUUUAUUAGCAUGUGUGGGCUAUCAGAACCACUUCCCAAGUUCACAAAUAGCAAGGUUGUCACGACUAACUGACAGUCUUUACUCCUUAACCCUAUCAAUGGGUUUGGUAGAACUAUUUUCUCCAAAUUCAAGUUCAACUACGGAUAAAAAUGUUAAUAACAGCAGUUUUGAUCUCUGCUCCAACUAUGCAUCUUUUCAAAGUAUGUGUAAAAUGGUAGUCGAUAACAUACAACUGGAAAACGUAGACCCAGAUUGGAUUGGUGGAGCUGCUGUUAAACAAAUUGCUCAUUAUGGACAAAACAUUAGAGAUAAAGCUUUCACAAGAUGGAACUAUGGUCUAGAGAAAAAUGUUAAACUAUAUGGAUCUGAAACUCCUCCCAGUUACAAUUUAAGUUUAAUAACGGUAAAUACUACUUUACAUUAUGCGACAGCUGAUACGAUAGUGGACGAAAGAGAUGUGUUAGCUAUGGCCAAUGAUAUGCCGGUUACGAGUGCGCGAAAAGUGAAAAGGGAAAAUUUUUCACAUAUAGAAUUUACCUCAUCGAAAGAUACAAAGGACUUGAUAACAGAUUAUAUAAUUGAAGCAAUAGCUAUGGCACAGAAAACUAUAGCAAACGUUAUGAUUAAUUCAGAGAAAAAGAAUCAAGAAGAUAAUGAAAUUGAAGACGAAUCGUCUGCUUCAGGUUCCGGUUACAAUCCUGGAAAUACGUUUAAGUUAUAUCUCACAGCACUUAGCUUAUUAGGACAAAAUUUCAUAAAUAAACAAAUUUAA